AUGGCACUACUGGCGACGCACACACAGGACGACAUUACUUUCAGUCUUGAUGGCCUCGAUAGGAGCACCCCGUCGCUUCCAGGAUCACCCCGGAGAAGCCCGCCUCUGCCGACUGACGCCGGUAAAAACGCGCUACACAGAGAUAAUGGGCCUGAAAUCGCCGCGUUGCUGCACCACCUCCAAAGCACCAGGCCGCCAAUACUCUCACCCUCCUCGGGACCAGCAAAGGACGACGGCGAGGCGGGAAAAGUGAAUGAUAGGAGAUUUGUGCUGUCUACAAAGCAGCAGCAUCCCAAGAGUCGCUCUUCAAAACCUUUGGCUUCACACGUCGAGACGCGAGAACCGAGGCCGAAGUCUGCACCGCGUGUAAGGCGAUCUUCGCCAGCGGCUCGAGCAGCCAAAGAUUUUGCGCGUGAGACCGCUUUACAGCGUCGCCAAAGCGGCACUAUGAAGAUCCAUCAGCGGCUUGACAACGCUAUACUCGACGCGCGGUCAAGCCUUGCUUUGGAGACCGUUGGUAGACGAAAGAAACUGUUGGAGCACUUGUUGAUAGAGCGAACGAGACUGGUCCUCAGUGAAGGAGCCGAUCUGGUGAAUCUGGGACACAUUGGUGUGAAGGCAAACAGGAGAGAACGGAAGCCUACCAACAAAAUAAAGGAUGACGCGUCAAAAUAUGGGAAGCCAAAGCAAUAUGCAAGUAUGGAGCUACGAGAGGACGUAAAUAACCAUUCAUCCCGAAUGAUACGGCCGCUGAAGCCGUCGUCAAGGAAAGCAGACUCACCUCCGACUGUCCAUGUUCGAAUAACGGCAACGAACGAGACGACUGGCGGCCAGGGUGCGCCUUCUGUAACGUCCUCCCACACAAAAGUCUUACCACUGGAGACACAAGCGCGAGAUAGUGCUGAGAUAGUGGCGGCAAAGAUUUUGGAGGCGCUCCGCCACUCGUUGGCUCUAUCAAGUCAAUCCCAAAAGCCGCAACAGUUUGCUCGACCGCCAUCACAGAUAUCUGCUACUCCAAGGAGUCCUGUCCUGCAUCCACAGAAAAACAAGCAUGCGCCUGAAAAGCAUGAUGACAUCCCGGAACCUGUUGGGGAGCCCACCAGCAACGAAUGCAAUACUGGUGGUCGCAAAGUUACCGAAGAGGUUGAUGACCCAAGUAUAGCGGAAGAAAAAUCACCGGCAACUACACAUGAAAUCAUAACCCCGAAUGACCCGGUGAAUUUGACUCCACCCAAACCUAUGCCCCGCACGCAGAUGAGAGACACGCCUGAGUGGCCAAUCUCGAAUGCAGAGGACUCAGAUGAUUCAGGGAGUAGCUCAGAGAGCGAAGAUGGCAAAGGACAUAUACACGAUCUUUUAUACGCCUUUGUGAAUAAUGUACAACGGAGCGAUGCACUGGCAGGGAGUUUCUUGGUGGCCGGCUCCAGAUCCGAUCAACCUAGCGGCAAUGAGCAGAAUGACGAUGAAAGACUCACGUCGGAGCAGCAACAUGCCUGCGUUGCGUAUGGCCAAAGACUGAAAACCAAGAUCUUCCACUUGAUGGAGCUAUAUAACUCACUUUGCCAGCAAAUGGAUGGCUUCGUAUAUGCCAUGAACUUGGACCAGAAGACCGUACUAUGA